AUGGAGCAGCCCAUUUUUGCGUUAUCGACUCGAUUAUUACCUAUCAUUGAGUGGUCUGCUGGUCGUUCCAUCAUCUUAUACUUAAGGUUGCGUCAUGAUAUCCCCGAGUCGUGCUCAAGUCUACAGGUGCUGGAUGAAAAGACGAUUUUGUUCAGCCCCAGCCAAGUUCCGAGCCAAGGGUCGUUGCGUUGUGAGUUUGCUCAAGUGUUUGGAGCAACGACGCCAAACUCGUUCCUGAACGGUGUGGUGGCAGCCUCAGCGUUGGAAGCCAUUGCGCAAGGCAUCAACGCCAGCGUGCUUGCGUACGGACCGAGCGGCAGUGGCAAGACGCACACCAUCUUGUCGGACGACGGACUCCUGUUCCACCUCGCCGCUUCUCUUUUUCAGCAUUGCCCUGGGUCGCUUGAAGUCUCCAUCCUGGAAUUGUAUAAGGACCAACUGAGCGACCUAGCCGUGAAGACCACACAGUGCCGUGUCCCUCCGUCCCCCCGUGUACCCGCAUCGCCCGCUCUCCGGCUCCGGGAGAGCAGGGAGCAGCAAGUGUACGUGGAGAACCUAACGCACGUGUUGAUCGCCACUCCGGCAGCCUUCCGCGCCCACGUUCAGGACUGCCUCCAAUUCCGACGUGUGCACGCCACGCAAAUCAACAGCUCCUCAAGCCGCAGUCACUUGAUCAUUUUUGUUCGGCCCACUGGGAUCAACGAUAGUGUGGACUUUGUUGGGGGGGGUGUUCCCAGCGAGGAGACUAAAACCACUGCCACUGCGGCGGGCACGUUGUGUGUGGUCGAUCUGGCAGGGGCGGAGCGUGCGAGUCGGUCGGGUUGUGAGGGUACGGCAUUCGCGGAAGCUAAGCAAAUUAAUCUGUCUCUGACGGCGCUGGGUCAAGUGGUCUCAUCGUCGGCGGCGGGUGCGCACUACCGCGACCAUAAGCUGACGCGGCUGCUUCAGCCGGGGCUUCGCGGUGCAGCCGUCGCGUUGGUUUGCUGUGUGGACCCGCGUCACUUCGCUGAGACACACAACGCGCUUCUGUUCGCUAAGAGCACCGCCAACCUCAAGUGCACCCGACUGGCUCAGACCCGGCCGCAGAGCCAAGAUGACGUCGUCCGCGCUCUCCAGCGACAGGUCGCGGAACUCUCAAGACUCCUCGCAAACCGAGACUCGAACCGAGACUCCGAACACACGCCGCACGAACCCACCGACACACACCCAAUAGAGACGUCACAUGAAACCGCUGCAGCCGCAGACGAAGCACAGUGCGUGGAUAUAGAGUGUGCGAACUCACAGCGUGGGAACGCACAUUUUGGGGACACACACCCGGACACAGAUCAAGUGGUGAUAGCGACUGAGCGGACCGGCCCCGCCACCCACAUACACCCGCAGUCCACAGUUCACACACCAGUGCCUACCCACACGGACCCAACGGCCACACCGGGUCGGACGGCGAGCGCCUCAAUUCGACUCGCUUCGGCACGUCGGACGCGCCCGACGACUAUUGGCUUGGGCGAGAGGCGGACACCCUUGGCCCGGAGCGGAUGCCCUUGGCCAGAAGUCGACGUCCGGGACCCGAAGAGCCUGGAUCUGAAGACGGAUUCUCGCAUCCACGACUUGCAGACACAGAAACCCGAGUCUAGUGACCAGGACCUUGGGAUGCACCCGUUGUGCUUCUCGUCCAGCCCCGGACAAGACAACGAGACGAGGCUGCUGCCUUUCCUUGCGUCCCUCUCCCCGACCCCUGUGCCCUUGUCGCCUCACGACUCGUUUUUCCGAGACCGUUCGGAAGGCGGUAAGUCACCCGCCAACCGUGCCGACUGGGUAGCUUGCGAGGUGGAGCGCACUCCGGCUUGCACGGGAGCAGAUAGAAACCCGUUCAGCGCCCUGUCAGAGACGCAUUCCGGAUCGGAGUUUAAGAUCACUCCUUGCCCAGACUCGUGCGUCAUCGAAUCGGGAGAGACCGAGCAGUCGCCGCGGACCCUGGUGGAACAGAGCAACCAAGUGCCCGACAGUGGUGCCAGCACCAAGUGCAGCUCGUCAUUCGACCGUCUGGCUCUCUUGGUAGACGAGCCGGUGCUGGACGAACGGGUACUUGAGAAUGGUGCACCGAACGGCGGCGGUCCUGACGGCGAUCCUGUAAACGGCGAUGGUCUAAGUGGAGUGCAAGACGACCUGGCCGCGUUCUUGUUUUUGACGUCUUCCAUUGCAUGGCUCAGGAACGCACUGGGCGAAUACGCGUACCGACAGGUGUGUGAAGCGGUGGACGAGUGUAUAUUGGUUGUAGCAGAAGGAAAAAAAUAA